CCGCGGCUCCAAGUUUAUCCCGUUUGCAGUCAAGACUUCAGUGACCUCGUACUAUAGCGCUUUUAGCAAGCGGCCAUCUGAGGCCUCUCUGUCGCGAUUCAGGAGGACUAAUCCCCCUGACUGCAGCUAAUCUAGUCAUUAUCAUGUCUUCGCGGGAUUCUGACCGAAUUACUUCUGCGCAGCAAACCUUGGACAUUCUUUAUGACAUUUCGCAAUUGCUAAAUACUCAGCUGGACAAGGAGACGCUGGCAACGUGUGUUGGCAUGAUUGAGAAUGGCGUUAAUCCGGAAGCACUGGCGGCUGUCAUACAAGAACUUCGACGGGAAAGUGCGGCUCUGAAUGCGCAGACGGGUGAUGGGCGAUGAGGACAGACUUUGUGCUGGUCGUAUGGUUUUCUGCUACUCACCGAUGAUACACUCGGCAGGAGAUGGGCUUGGGCCUGAUCAUAGCAUGACAGUUGACCAACAUCAGGUUCAUCAACGUGGUAUCAAUUUUGCUUGGUUAAUCCGACAACUCUGGGUUCAAGUCAGGCACGGAGUCGACGUGUUUUUCAUCGUUUUAUGUGCGAUAUUGCGUGGAACAUGUAGCAAGUAUAUUUAUUGUAUUACUGUAGCAGCAAGUACACUGUAGUGUGUAC